GUGAUAUUGCCGGCAGCACCAUGGCGGAAGCGGAGGAGAAGGAAGUAUCUGUUGAAGAAUCUACAGAUGAGUCUGAGGAAGAAGAAAGUGAAGAGGAGCCCAAACUGAGAUACGAACGGCUUUCCAAUGGGGUGACAGAAAUUCUACAGAAAGAUGCUGCCAGUUGCAUGACAGUGCAUGAGAAGUUUUUGGCACUGGGCACACAUUACGGCAAGGUUUAUUUGCUCGAUGUCCAAGGAAAUAUCACUCAAAAGUUUGACAUUAGCCCUGUGAAGAUAAAUCAGAUUAGCCUGGAUGAAAGUGGAGAACACAUGGGUGUGUGUUCAGAGGAUGGCAAGGUGCAAGUAUUCGGACUGUAUUCCGGGGAAGAAUUUCAUGAGACUUUUGACUGUCCUAUUAAAAUUAUUGCCAUUCACCCCCAGUUUGUGAGGUUCCAUUGGAAGCAGUUUGUAACCGGAGGAAAGAGGUUGGUGUUGUUUGAGCGAUCUUGGAUGAGCAGGUGGAAGUCUUCCGUUUUGCACGAAGGAGAAGGAAACAUAAGAAACGUGAAGUGGAAGGGAAAUUUAAUCGCUUGGGCCAACAAUAUGGGUGUAAAGAUCGUUGAUGUCAUAUCCAAGCAGAGAAUCACCAAUGUGCCCCGAGAUGACAUCAGCCUUCGCCCCGACAUGUAUCCUUGUAGCCUGUGCUGGAAGGAUCAGGUCACUCUCAUCAUUGGCUGGGGCACCUCAGUCAAGAUCUGUUCAGUGAAGGAGCGACAUGCCAGUGAAAUCCGAGACUUACCAAGUCGUUACGUUGAAAUAGUGUCUCAGUUUGACAUGGAAUUCUACAUCAGCGGGCUCGCACCUCUCUGCGACCAGCUUGUGGUACUUUCGUAUGUCAAGGAGACCUCAGACCAAAUGGAGAGGGAAUACUGUGCCCGGCCCAGAUUGGACAUUAUUCAGCCACUUCCAGAGACCUGUGAAGAGAUCUCUUCCGAUGCGCUCACAGUGAGAGGUUUUCAUGAGAAUGAAUGCAGAGACUACCACCUGGAGUACUCUGAAGGGGAAUCACUCUUUUAUAUUGUCAGUCCUAGAGAUGUUGUUGUGGCCAAGGAACGAGACCAAGAUGAUCACAUCGACUGGCUCCUCGAAAAGAAAAAAUACGAAGAAGCUUUGAUGGCUGCUGAAAUUAGCCAAAGGAAUAUUAAAAGACACAAGAUUCUGGAUAUAGGCUUGGCCUAUAUAAGUCACCUGGUGGAGAAAGGGGAGCACGACAUGGCAGCCCGCAAAUGUCAGAAAGUUCUUGGGAAAAAUGCAGCUCUCUGGGAAUAUGAAGUUUACAAAUUUAAAGAAAUAGGACAACUUAAGGCCAUUAGUCCAUAUUUGCCAAGAGGGGAUCCCAUUCUGAAGCCUCUCAUCUAUGAAAUGAUCCUGCAUGAGUUUUUGGAAAGUGACUAUGAGGGCUUUGCAACGUUGAUCCGAGAGUGGCCCGGUGACCUCUAUAACAACUCGGUCAUCGUGCAGGCCGUGCGAGACCACCUCAAGAAGGACCCACAGAACAGGACCUUGCUGCAGACGCUGGCCGAGCUGUACACCUACGACAAAAGCUACAGCCAGGCUCUCCAGAUCUACUUGACGCUGCGCCACAAAGACGUCUUCCAGCUGAUCCACAGGCACAACCUCUUCAGCUCCAUCCAAGACAAAAUCGUGCUGCUCAUGGACUUCGACUCAGAGAAAGCUGUUGACAUGCUUCUGGACAACGAAGACAAGAUUUCCAUAAAGAAGGUCGUGGAGGAACUAGAAAACAGGCCGGAACUGCAGCAUGUGUAUCUGCACAAGCUUUUCAAAAGAGACCACCAUAAGGGCCAACGCUUCCACGAGAAGCAAAUCAGCCUUUAUGCCGAAUUCGAUCGCCCCAACCUGCUCCCAUUUCUCCGAGACAGCACCCAUUGUCCCCUGGAAAAGGCUCUUGAGAUCUGCCAACAGAGAAACUUUGUGGAAGAGACCGUCUACCUCCUGAGCAGAAUGGGGAACAGUCGAAGUGCCCUGAAGAUGAUCAUGGAGGAGUUGCAUGACGUUGACAAAGCCAUCGACUUUGCCAAGGAGCACGAUGACGCCGAGCUGUGGGAAGACCUGAUUUUGUACUCCAUCGACAAGCCGCCCUUUAUCACCGGCUUGUUAAACAACAUUGGCACCCACGUUGACCCUAUUCUUCUCAUUCACCGAAUUAAGGAAGGAAUGGAGAUUCCCAACUUGAGAGACUCCCUGGUGAAAAUCCUUCAGGACUACAAUCUCCAAAUUCUCCUUCGUGAAGGCUGCAAGAAGAUCCUGGUGGCUGACUCUUUGUCCCUCCUGAAGAAGAUGCACCGCACUCAGAUGAAAGGCGUCCUUGUCGACGAAGAAAACAUCUGUGAGUCCUGUCUCUCCCCUGUCCUUCCGUCAGACGCAGCGAAGCCCUUCAGUGCGGUCGUCUUCCACUGUCGGCACAUGUUCCACAAAGAGUGUCUGCCUGUCCCCAGCAUGAAUUCCACUGGACAGUUCUGCAGCAUCUGCACCGCCAAGAACCGGGGCCCAGGAAGUACAAUCUUGGAGACGACAAAGUAGCCGGCCCUUCCCGCCAGCCUGGCCUUCCCACCCCCAGUCCGCCUCCUCGUCUUGCAACAACAAAGGCUUUUGAUUGAGAGAUUCAUAUAGAUUUAUGUUGUCCUCUCUCCCCUCCCCCUUCCAGAAAACCAACAGCAGUUCCAAGUUCCAACCUCUGAGCUGAAGCUUUGCUUUUUUACUUCACAUUUGGUUUUAUAGGAGGUGUCUCCUCAUGGAUGCCCUCGGUGCACCCUUUAUUCAGUAAUGAAAACAAAAGCCAAAGAGGAAAAUUGGAUUCUUAAUAAAACCCCCUAGCAGUGAGUGUCUGUCCUCGAGAUAACUCCCCGGCCUCUGAGGACACAGAGAUAGAGGCCUGUGCCGAGUCCUUGUGCCCACGCUAAUGUUUGACCUUGCAAGGUCUUCCUGAAAGUUGGACAGCCUCAUACACUUCCAUUCAUAUUGCUGCCUCCCUCCCCAACACACACAUGCACACGCACACACACGCACAUGCACACGCAUGCACACACGCACAGCCUCCCACAAUUCAGAGGAUGAGCAUGGCAUCCCUUCAGGCUGUUUUCUCACCACACUACAUCAAAGCCUCUCUGGGUCCCAGUGGAGGAUUUUCAAGAGUAGCUGUGGCUGAAAGUACCCCGCCUGCCCCUACAGAUUUAGGCCAGGCCUCAGAGGAGAGCCAUGCAGUCCACCAUCGGUCUGUCCUUGUAGCUUUCUCGUGUUGGGAGGCCCUGGCAGACCCUGUGCUUCACCAGGCCGGCCUUCGAGGGCCCAUGGUCUUCUCCGAUUUGGGGGGAUGUAGAGUUCCUUAGUGAGUUGAACGUGACACAAGAGGCCUAGCACCUCAGUGCUCCUGGCUGUCCACUCUUCAAGGGUGCAGUGAGAGCUUUCUCUUGUACAUAACAUGACAAACACACAGUCUCAUUUCUCCAGCAUUCAACCGUGCAUAAAAUCCCCUCCAGGGAAGGUUGUGCAGAUGCCACCCUCCCCACACAGUGGAGUCAUUUUCCCAAGGUCACACACCUGAUUGAGAGCCAGGAUCAUCUCAUGGGGCCUCGACACCUUCUUAGGAGGUGUAGAGUGUAAGGUUCAUCCCAUUUUACAGGUGACAAAAUUGAGGUGGCACCACUGUACACCUGGGAAAUGGUGGAGCCAGGACCUACCCCCUCAUCUUCUGAGUGAGCCUGGCUUCAGAUGUUUACAGAGGUCAGGUGCUCCCUGGGCUCUGGGCUCAGUGGAAGAGGGGCCUGGAGACCUUGUUGUUGUGCCCAGUUUUGUGCUGCCAUGUUGGCCUUUUGGUUUGUUCCUUUGUCUCCACUUGCGUCUCAGUGAGAGCCUCAAGAGGUACCGGCUCUGCCCCAAGGCCUUCCAAAGGCCCUGCCCUCCAUGUCCACCAAAGCCCCGUGAGCUGAGCUGAGCCACUUCAUGGCAAACCUUCGAAGCUUAGUAGGAGCUCCGCAGAUGCUGGUUUCCUUUCCUCCUUGUGGAAAAGGGGAAUGAAAAUCUAGUCUGCCAGGCCCUGGAAUACUGCCCUCGGGUCUUAGGGAGCUAAGAAGCCUCUCCAUUGGCCCUCUUCCAGAUCACCUUUUCUUUGCUCCUCUGGGUGUGUUCCUGGUGAUUUAGAAGCCAGGGUGCUGAGCCCACGAAUGAGACAUUCCUUAAAUAACUCAGAGCUGGAGGCUUCUCUAGCAGACAGUGUGGGCAGUCAGAAUCAUGGAGCUGGAAACCUGGAAGGGGUGGAGAGGUCAGCUCCUUCAGUUCUCUCUUUGUAGUUGAGGAAACUGAAUCCCAGGGGGUUUAAACACUUAGCAGCGGAGCUGGAAUGAGAGCCCGAGGAUCUGGAGCCCAGGCCUUGGAUGUAAUUGGACCAUGUUCCCGGCCUUUCCUCUGGCCGGAGCUUGGAACCCUUCCCUCCUGAGGGUUUUUAUUUCAGCAUUGUCAGUUAGCAAUGCCUUUGGGUGGCCAGAUCCCUUCUCCUCCAGAGUAGCUGCGACGUAAAUUGACAGCCUGUGUUAGUGCAGCAAAGUUUUCAAAAGUUAGUUUUCAGGGCAGGAAAAAUGACCAAGGAAGGCAGGAAGUGACCUUCAGCUAAUAAGUCCCAGGGAACCAUUGCUUUGGAAAAGAUUGCCCAAUCAGCACUAAAUGACUAGGGAAUUUAUCACCUUAUUUUAGAGGACGUACAAUAUGUAAAUAAAAGCAAGAACGCUUCCCAGUUUUAAAGGCUGUUCCAUCAGCUUUUAAUUAAAGCUUAUGUGUUUAGAAACGGGCAUAAGUGAGUAAGAUAAUUCCACCGGAUAAAUGUCACACAUCCAUUCUAUUCGUUUAUCAACUCAGGUUAUUAAAAAUUUCACAGGUUAUUACCAGUUUUAACAGGACUUAGAGAACUUUCCCUUCUCUCUCCCCUCCUCAUUGCCCCCCCCCCCUCUGAUUUCACACCUAAAAAAAAAAUGGAAGGGGAAUGUCAGAAAUUCCUCUGGCUGGAAGUAGGAGGGGAGGAGGAGGUGGGAUUUCCUCAAGAGACAGGUCUCAGUUUUGUCUCUGGAUCCACUCUCAGGAAGGAACUCCCUUAUCUUUGAGUCUCAUAUCUCUCCGGAGGGUGCCCAGGUACUCUUCUCCAGACCGAGCUCGAAUCCAGCCUCUCUUCUUGACCCCCGCCCCAAUCCAUCCAGUCGGCCAAACUUGCCAUUUCCACCUUCACAUCUCCCAUCCUCUUCUCUGCUCAACACAGCUUCCAGCAUCUUACCCAUAUUAUUGGGGUGUCUUCCUCAUUGGUCUCCUUGACUCAAAUGUCCGCCCACUCCACUCUAUCCUGUCCUGUGCACAGCUAACAAAAUGUCUUUCCUUAAGUACACAGAAGACCUCCUUACUCCACUGCUUAAUGAGCUCUGGUGGCUUCCUGUUGAAAAUAAACUUGUCAGUGCAUA